UAGAAAUAAAAAGAGUGAGAGAAGAUGGAGAGAUCAUCAUCAUCAGAAGAGAGAGAGCAGAGCAUAGAGGCUUUUGGAUGGGCGGCAAGAGACUCCUCAGGCUAUCUGUCUCCCUUUGUCUUUUCUAGAAGGAAAACAGGGGCAGAGGAAGUGAGAGUGAAGGUGUUGUAUUGUGGAAUAUGUCAUAGUGAUCUUCAUUGUCUCAAGAACGAAUGGCAUUCCUCUAUUUACCCUUUGGUUCCUGGUCAUGAGAUUGUUGGAGAAGUGAGUGAGAUAGGGUGCAAAGUAAGAAAAUUCAAUCUUGGAGACAAAGUUGGUGUUGGAUGCAUAGUAGAUUCAUGCCGCGCGUGCGAAAGUUGUCGUGAAGAUCAAGAAAACUACUGCACCAAAGCAGUCGCAACCUAUAACGGAGUUCACCACGACGGAACGGUUAACUACGGUGGAUACUCUGACCACAUCGUCGUCGAUGAACGUUACGCCGUCAAAAUUCCACACAUGUUGUCUCUAGCUUCGGCCGCACCUUUGCUUUGUGCAGGCAUCUCGGUGUACAGUCCUAUGAAGUACUUCGGAUUGGCCGGACCAGAUAAACAUAUCGGAAUCGUGGGGCUAGGUGGUCUUGGACACAUUGGGGUGAAAUUUGCAAAAGCAUUUGGGACUAGGGUCACGGUGGUUAGUUCCACCUCUGGGAAAUCUAAAGAUGCUCUUGAAACUCUUGGAGCUGAUGGGUUCUUGGUUAGUACUGAUGAAGACCAAAUGAAGGUCGCAAUGGGAACAAUGGAUGGCAUAAUUGAUACUGUUUCUGCAUCGCAUUCGAUUUCACCUUUAAUUGGACUACUCAAAUCCAACGGUAAACUUGUUCUACUCGGUGCAACGGAGAAGCCAUUCGAUCUAUCUGCAUUUUCCUUAAUCAUAGGAAGAAAAUCCGUAGCGGGAAGUGGUAUUGGAGGAAUGAAAGAGACACAAGAGAUGAUUGAUUUUGCGGCGGAGCAUGGCAUAAAAGCAGAAACUGAGCUCAUAUCCAUGGAUUAUGUGAACACCGCCAUGGAUAGACUCGCGAAAGGGGACGUUAGAUAUCGAUUUGUCAUCGACAUUGCUAACACAUUGGCUGCUACUAGACCUUGAUUUUUUGGCAACGGUACUCAAUCUUAACUAAACUUGAUGUUCUUGUAUUCAGAUAAACAAUAGUCUGGAUUUCAACCCGCGUCUGUUUUUUUUUUCUUUUUAUAAAUAGAGUAUGAUCAAGUGAAUGUAAUCCCAGUGAUUAUGAUUUGAAGAUGUAUUGAGGACAUUGAAAUGUAUGAACCGAACGUAACGAUCAAACUCGUUUUACAUUUUAAAUAUGUAUAUAUUAUC